GGUAUGUAAUUGCUAUGCUCACAAUGUUAGUUGCUGGAAAAUAGUGCCCAUUCAUAAACUCUUCAGUGCAGGUGUGUGGUUUGGUUAGUGGGUUUAAAUUCACCCUGUCACCCCUCCUGUCGAGCAGCUAAAGCGUAAAAAAAGAGGAAAUAUUUCUUGUGGAGCAGCUGGAGGAUGGAGGAGCAGGCAGGGCUGCAGGCUGUGAAGGAGGAGGAGGAGGAGGAGGAGGACCUGAGUGAGGAGCUGGAGAAGAGGAGGAAGACCCCAGCGGAGGACGAGGAGGCACAGGCAGAGGAUGAUGAAGAUGAAGAUGCUCUGCCUCACUCGGAGAUCUUGGACAUUUUCGAGGAGGGACUCGCUCGGCUGGUGCAGGACCCUCUGCUCUGCGACCUGCCCAUUCAGGUGACCCUGGAGGAGGUGAACUCUCAGAUUGCGCUGGAGUACGGCCAGGCCAUGACCGUCCGGGUUUUAAAGGCGGACGGCGAGGUGAUGCCCAUCGUGGUGGUGCAAAAUGCCACCACACUGGAUCUGAAGAAGGCCAUUUGCAGGUUCAUGGAGCUGAAACAGCAGCGUGAGGGCGGGGUGAAACACAUUAGCUGUCACUUCUCACUUCCAGGAGGUACGUUUGGAGAACCUAUCAUUUGGUAUUCCAAGGGGAAAAGCUUGAAGACGACAAAAUGCGCCUGAAAGACUACGGGAUCAGGAACAGAGAUGAAGUAACGUUCAUGAAGAGACUCAGGAAAAAGUGAAAUGGCACGGAAAUCGUCUCUAAUGUCAGAAGAAUCACAGAAACUUACGCAGCUGCUCCCUUUAUCUCAGAUUCAUGUUGCAAGAGGCAAAUCAUUCAUGAUAACAGUACUUGUUGUAAGUGCUGUCAUCAGCUUUUCAUAUGCACCUUCACAGCUUGUCAUAAAUAUCUAUACAUACAUCAUUAAUGCCAUAAAUUACAAAUACAGGUUUACAUAGUAGGUGCAAGGUGUAAAUAAUAAAUGUCUCAACAGUGACCAAAAAAAUAGCUGACAUUUUUAGUACACCUUUAUUCCUCAAAGAGGCCAUGUGUAAAUAAAAUAAAGUGGAAUACCGGGUUCAAACCCUCUUUUUUACUUGCUGUGGUUUGUAUAGUUGUAUGUAAAUGUUAAUAAAUAAUAAAAAGUGUUGCAUUUUUCCAUG